AUGGAGAAAUUUGCGUCUGUGGUUUCUCUGUUACUGCUUCUCUCAUUUCCGGUAGCUUUCUCCGGUCAUGACUACGGCCAAGCUCUUUCCAAAAGUCUUCUCUUUUUCGAAGCUCAGAGAUCUGGUGUUCUCCCACGUAACCAAAGAGUCACUUGGCGUUCUCACUCUGGUCUCAACGACGGCAAAUCAAGCGGGGUGAAUCUGGUCGGAGGUUACUACGACGCGGGAGACAACGUGAAAUUCGGACUUCCGAUGGCUUUCACGGUGACAAUGAUGGCGUGGAGCGUCAUUGAAUACGGUAAUCAGUUAGCUGCUAACGGCGAGCUUGGGCAUUCCAUAGAUGCCAUUAAAUGGGGCACUGAUUACUUCAUCAAAGCCCAUCCUGAGCCCAACGUCCUUUACGGCGAGGUGGGAGACGGAAACACCGACCAUUACUGUUGGCAGAGACCGGAAGAAAUGACUACGGACAGGAAAGCUUACAGGAUAGAUCCGAGUAAUCCCGGGUCGGAUCUAGCUGGAGAAACAGCAGCUGCCAUGGCCGCCGCUUCAAUCGUUUUUCGCCGGUCUAACCCUGCUUACUCUAGGCUACUACUCACUCAUGCUUAUCAGCUGUUUGACUUUGCGGACAAAUACAGAGGAAAAUAUGACAGCAGCAUCACCGUCGCUCGUAAAUACUACGGAUCCGUCAGUGGUUACAAUGAUGAGUUACUAUGGGCAGCAGCGUGGUUAUACCAAGCUUCCAACAACCAGUACUACUUGGACUACUUGGGUCGUAACGGUGACUCCAUGGGUGGUACCGGUUGGUCCAUGACCGAGUUCGGUUGGGACGUUAAGUACGCUGGUGUUCAAACCCUUGUCGCCAAGUUCUUGAUGCAAGGCAAAGCAGGACGUCACACGCCUGUGUUUCAGAAGUUUCAACAGAAAGCUGAUUUCUUUAUGUGUUCCUUGUUGGGUAAAGGCUCCAGGAACAUUCAGAAGACUCCUGGUGGUUUGAUUUUCCGACAACGUUGGAACAACAUGCAGUUUGUCACCAGCGCUUCCUUCUUGACCACCGUUUACUCUGAUUACCUAACUUCCUCCCGAAGCAACUUGAGAUGUGCAGCUGGCAAUGUUGCUCCUUCGCAGCUUCUUUCCUUUGCUAAAUCUCAGGUUGAUUAUAUUCUUGGAGACAACCCAAGAGCUACUAGCUAUAUGGUUGGAUACGGUAACAACUUCCCUCAGAGAGUUCACCACCGAGGCUCCUCCAUCGUCUCUUACAAGGUUGACCGCUCUUUUGUCACUUGCCGUGGCGGUUACGCCACCUGGUUCAGCCGUAAAGGCAGUGAUCCCAACCUCCUCACUGGUGCUAUUGUCGGUGGUCCUGAUGCUUACGACAAUUUCGCUGACAGGAGAGAUAACUAUGAGCAGACUGAGCCUGCUACUUACAACAAUGCACCACUUCUCGGUGUUCUUGCUCGUCUCAGCAGUGGUCAUUCUGGUUACAGCCAGCUUCUUCCAGCGGUUCCUGCUCCUGUUGUUGUUAGAAGACCAAUGCCUAUUCGUAAACCGAGAGUGACUUCCCCUGUCCGAGCUUCGGGUCCAGUGGCUAUAGUUCAGAAGAUGACAGGUUCAUGGGUAUCAAAGGGAAGGACUUACUACAGAUACUCAACAACUGUGAUUAACAAAUCACCAAGAGCUCUGAAAAGCCUCAACCUUUCGAUCAAGAACCUCUACGGACCAAUCUGGGGACUCACCAGAUCAGGAAGAAACUCAUUCGGGUUACCUUCGUGGAUGCACUCAUUGCAAUCCGGAAAGUCCCUAGAGUUCGUCUACAUUCACUCAACAACGCCCGCAAAUGUCGCGGUUUCAAGCUACACUUUGGCUUGACCAGACAACAACUACUUCAAAAGAAAGAAAACACAGUGUGUAUAGGUCGUGAGAAGAAGAAGAAAAGUUUUUUACAAAAACAAAAAAAGAAGAAGAAGAAGAAAGUGUUGGGUUUUCAGUCUGGUUCAUCAAGAACGUUGAAAGGUUUGGUCUUGUUUUUAUUUUGCAUUUUCGGGUUUCUCUGGUGAAUAGUAAAGGGUUGAAGAAGGGUGGAAGAAAGGUGUGAAGAGAGUGAAUGACUCUUCAGAAAAUUUUAAGAAGAGUGAAAGUGCUCAUCCUCUUUCUACACCCAAGUUCAAUCCUUUUUAAAUUUAUAUAUAAAUAUAUAUUGAGUGAGAGAGAGAAGAGAAGAUAGUGUCUUGUGAGAUUUUGCAAGGAUUGUUUUUUUUCAUUCCUUGUAGCUCAAAAAAAAACAUGUGUAUGCCUUUCUCCUUUUGUGUUUUAUCUUGGUGGUCAGUUGUAAACUCAACAACAGUCCUUAAUGAAAUGUGAUAUGGUUCUCAUCUCUAGUUUUUCCCGCAUAAGAUUAUGCCAUUAUCUGAGUUUUACAAUGUUGUUGUUAAACAAGUUUAUCAAUUUUUGUUAAGUUCACUAGUUUUCUA